AAAAGGCACGAUAUUAAGGAAGUGUUGGUCAGAACACUCAUCGGUAAGCGGAUUGCACCAGUUAGUUGAUCUACAUCCCGAAUCCUGAAAAGAGCGAGAAUUCACAUUGAAAAUGAAGCGCUUCAUCACAGGACAUCACUUGAGUUUAUGCAGACUGACAAAGAAAGUGGUGACUCCUCAGCAUCCCAUGAUGAAGUACUUAGUGAAGAAUAUCCCACCCUACCCAAGUCCAGUUAAAUUUUGUGUUUCAUAUGUAGCCCAUGUUACCGAGGAGACAGGAUUCAGGGGGAUACUGAAGUCUGAGCAGUUCAGAAAUCCUAAGAGUGAGUUCUCAUGGUGGGAUUUAAAAAUUCAAAAAGAGGAGAUAAGAGCAGCAGAGAAGCGAUAUGUGAAGAAGAACUUCUCAAACACGGCACUAGAGCUGAAUGAACAGGAGCCGUUUCUGGAGAAGUUCACCACAUCACCUCUCUUCAAACUAAAAAAAUCCCGCUACGGCAAUUAUCGCUUUACGUUUCCGCUCACUGAUCUGAUGCAGUGGUACAAAGAACAGAACUGUGGAGGAGAAGAGCCGGUUCUCAGGAUGUACGAGACCAUCACCUUCAGACAACAGGUUGUGUACACUGUGCUGAUUCACAAUCCUGAGGAUAAUGAGCGUUUUGGUGAAUAUCCGCUUCUUGAAGCGAGUGAGUGGGUUCGUUAUCAGGAUGGGAAGAUCAUCUGGAAAGCACAAGCCAUUUGUGAAACCCAUUGGUAUCAAUUCAUGUCAGGAGAAGUAAAAAGGCUGAAUACUCAUCUGUUUUAUGUCUGGGAUCAGGUUAGUUUAGUCUUUCACCUACCAAAACCUAAGGCCCUGAAAAUCCCCACAGAACGGCUUAUAGGAGCUCUCGAAGGCCUGUAA